GCAGUGCAGUUACAGGGAGAGUGGGCAGGCGGAGAGGACCAGGGCCAGGCCUUUGUCUCAACCAUUUCCCUGUGAAUCAGAUAGGAAAGUAAGCAAGACAGACGGUGUACUUAUCCUUGCUUUGUAAAGGAGGAAAACGAGGCUGAGAGGCGGCCACCCAAGUCCGGCACCCUGGGGGAGGGGAGAUGCGUCAGGAGCGGGCCAGCCGGCGCUGGAGGAAGCCGGGAGGUGUGCAGAUAGGCCAGCAGGAAAUGAGAACGCUCGGAGCUCCGCCGUGGAGGAGAUAAGUGAUCUCGGCCCCUCACCUCCCUCGCCGACGUUGCCGUGUUUCCCAGUCCCAGGCACUGCACAGGCUCUGGGGAUCUGGCGGGUCCAGCCCUGCCUGCAGACGCUCGCAGCCCAGCAGAGUGGGCAGUGAUGUGUGAUGUGCACACAUACGUGCCAUGUGCAUUCUUAUCUUCUUUCCCCCGAGGACUAUUUGCUCCUUAAAGGUAGGUCAGAUACUUUUUCAGCUAGGGUGACCACAUUGCCUGAACUAAAAUUAAGGACAGGUGGGUUGACACAUAUGAAUGUUCUUACAGAGACAGUGAAACAAAAUAUUUGAAGUCUGUGCUGACUUGGAAAAUUCAAGAGUAAGUUUGCUAUUCCCAUAGCGUAUAGCAAAAUCCUGGAUACAAUGGUUAGAGAAAUAUUUAUUGUUUGACUACAUUAAUAAAUGAAUGCAUAAGCAGCUGUGAUUUCAGUGACCUCCAAAGGCUCCCAAAUUCCCUAAGAUCAGAGCGUCUGGAAUUCCUCGCAUUAAAGUGACUGACAGGGUUAAGACAGCAUAAAGGCCCAGGUUAAAAAUAAAUGCAUGUUGCCUAGGAGGAGACCCACAUUUGCCCUUUUGAGCAGGUUGAAAAGAUCAGCAAGUGUCACCUUACAAAAGAGAGGGCACCCCCAGGGACAGGUGUCUCCAGGGACUCAGAGAGGUUGGGGAGGGCUGGACUUGCUGGAAUGGGGUGACAUGAGGAAGCCUCGGGCAGCCUGGGGAAAGGAAAAGUGUGUGUUGGGGAACUGGGGGAUCCCCAAGGGGGAUGUGAGGCUUGGAGAAGGGCCUCUUGCACAAGACUGGCCUCUGCCCAGUUUGCUCUCACUCUUCUGGGACAGCCACGGGCUGGGAGAUUCAGGAACCCUUUGAGAUUAGAUUCAGUCUUCUGUUUUCAUCCCUCUAAAAGUGCUGAAUAGGUUAACUGACUUGCCCAAGGACACACAGCUGUUUGGUGGCUGGGCUGGGUCUCAGAGCCAAGUGUCUGUGCCCCUGUGAAUGGCAAGCCUCCAGCCUCAGUCUAGAACGCCAGCCACAAAACAGGCAUGUUGGGGCCAGGCUGGGACUGGGAGUGGAGGCAUCUUGCCUGCCAGUGUCCUCACAGUGUUCCAGAUGGUGAAGGGUGAUGUCUUAACGCACCCCUCACCCCCCCUGCCCCCGGCCCUGCCUCCUCCCCACGUCUGUCAGCAGUGCUGGCUCUGGAAUGAUGCUGUCUCAGGACAGGCAGCCGGGAGGGCUGCCCACAAAGGAGGGACUCCAAGCAAGGACUAAUCCUGUCAACUUCCUCCAGCGAUUAACCCAGAGCGCCAGGAGGCAUGAAGGGCUUGGGGAGACUUCACACCCCAGGAACCAAAGUCUGGAGAGGAGGAGAAGGGCAAGACGGGGGUGCCGGCAGUGCUGGCUGCCUGGGGCUGUGUUGGAGCAUGACUGCAGAGCUGCAGUUUGCUCUGGUCCUGUCCCCAGUGGAGAAUGGAAAUGGCUGCCCCAUUCACACAUGGCCUUUGCUUCCCAGAGGGUCUCCCACACUCAUGGAGAUGAUGAGCUGCGGUCAGCAGCGAGGACAAGACCGCUGCUCGGCCUACCCGAGGGACAAACCCCACUCUAAAGCGACUGGAGCCAGUCACUCUCCUUCAAUAGAUCCCAGAGAGCCUCAUGGGUCACUGCUCUUCCACCGCUUGCCCUCGGCUGGGGCCUCCAGGUGGUCACUGCUCCUGUGUAACACGCACACGAGGUUGCCGUGGGAACUCCUCCCUGACGUGACGUUGGCUUUGGAAGCAGCUGAAUUCAGGGGCUCACUGCUUUUGCUGUAUCUUUUGAGUAGGACUGUGCCCUUGGAGGAGGGGGGCUUUCUAAGAACCCUGGGAGGACCCUUUGGACCACAUCAAUGGAAAUCAUCCAGCAUCUGCCAGCCUCAACCGCCCAUUCUGGAGACAGCAAAAAGGGACAUUAAGAAGGGGGCAGACGUCCGGAUGUGUGCAGGCAGGGGCUGGGGACUCCUGGGCCCAUUCAUGCUUCGGGCUUUCCUGAGUGUUUGGGGUAGGGGACAUGGCUUUGGACAAAUGCUUUCCUUCCGUUCUUCCCCACCCAUCUCACUUCACACCCCUACCCGCGUCUCAUGGGUGGCCACACAAGGGCCUCCUACGGCCACCUGUCAGCUUAACAGGGAGGAGCCUGCCCCCUCAGGGCACUCAGAUGAGCCCAUUCCAUCUGCAAUCUGGGCCCAGAACUUUCAUGAGAGGCCAGCCAGAGGCCCCAGGCACGGGUCCCUCCUGGUCCCUUUCAGAGUGGGGUUCCUUUCCAGCCAGCACAGCCUGCUUCCAGGCAAGCGGGAAAGGGGCUCUGAGGCUGCAGGCAAGGCACCGUUCUGUCGCCAAGCACACAGCCUGGGGAAUCCUCAGCCCUCUGCUCCUCUGGACGUGAGGUGGGAUGGCGCUUCCUGCCACCGCAGCUAAAGCCACACACGUCGUGCGUCACCACACGAGCAGCACAGGCUCCUCCGUGUCCACACAGACACACGCACACGCCCUCGUGUGAGCAAUCACCCCCUGCAAGGUCACCACCCAGGUGCCCAUACAGACCCCCGCUGACGGAGACAAGCCCCCCACAUAUACACAGAGCAAUAUGCACAGCAGAGUGGCCUCUGGCCCAGGAAGGGCCUGGACGGCACUCACCGGGAGGAGGUGAAGAGGGACCCAUUGACUCCUCCAAAUGUGGACAGGGCGACGGAAAUGGGCAUGAUCCAGGCCAUGACCCCUAGGAGCUUCUCUCCAAAAGUCUGGGAGAGAAAACAAGGAGUGAGCAUAAAAGGAGAGGUCACAGCCUCCCACCUGCGUGUCACUGCUGGGAAUGUUCCCUCCCAAACCCACCCCUGCUGAGUCUCUCUGGCUAAAGUCCUUGAGAGGAGGGACCACAGCUUCCCUGCCCCAGCCCCUCCUGCACCCCUACUUCCCUUGGUGAUGACUACACACUGGGGAUUCAGUAAUGUUUGGGACUGAUUAACUAAUGAAUGAGACUGUGUAUGGUGGUGAUAAUAACAAUAAACAACUAACAUUUGCUAUCCUUGUUUUAUGGAUAAUGAAA